CUGUGUUCCAUCCAAGUCAGCCAACAAAUGACAAGUGACCUGGCGGGUGACAAGAAGAUGUCUCUGAUCGGCUGCACUGCCGGCGAUUUGGCAUUGGCUAUCUCGCCUGCUCCAAACAGUAUGCAGAGUAUCAGUAACAUGGACAUGCUCGAGCGGGUGCUGAAAGCGAUAAAUAGCCCACGAGCUCUGGCUAAUCCUACAACUGACAACCAUCUCAAACCUACUUCCCUUGAGUAUUAUCCACCGAGAAAAUGAGACUCGCCAGGUCCAUCAACGUCGUGGGCUGCCACUGUGCCGGCGAAGUAUGCGAUGUGAUCGUCGGAGGUGUUUUGAAUCCCUCGGGAUGCAGCACCAUGUACGAGAAGCUCGUUCACUUUCGCGACAAAGAAGACCAUAUCCGCCAGCUUCUCAUGCAAGAGCCUCGGGGACGACCGGCUAUGUGUGUGAAUCUUGUCUUGCCUCCUUGUAACCCAAAGGCCGACGCUGGGUUUUUAAUCAUGGAGACCGAAGAGUACCCUCCCAUGUCUGGAGGAAACACCAUUGCUACUACGACUGUCCUUCUGGAGACAGGCAUGGUGCCUAUGACUGAACCGAUCACCAAGAUAGUCCUGGAAACUCCGGCAGGUCUAGUGCCUGUCACCGCGGACUGCGAGGGUGGGAGGUGCAAGGCGGUCGCGUUCGAUAACGUCCCUUCGUUUGUUUUCGCCCUGGAUUACAAGGUCGAUGUCCCUGGACUGGGGACUGUCUCGGUGGAUAUUGCAUGGGGAGGAAUGAUCUACGGGAUUGUCGAUGCGACUUCACUUGGUAUUAGCAUCAGCAACCAAAACGGGCCGAAGUUGAUUGAAUACGGAGAGCAAAUCAAAGAUGCUCUCCAAAAAGCUCCAUUUGUUCCCGUCCAUCCAGAGAACCCCAGCAUAAGAGGCGUUAGUAUCCUCGAAUUUACAGAGCCACUUCAGCGGGAUACUAUGACGGCCGUCAAUACCGUUGUGGUUUCUCCCGGGCGGUUUGAUCGGUGCCCGUGUGGCACGGGAAGCUGCGCAAGGAUGGCAGUACUUCAUGCCCGUGGCCAGCUCGCAGUAGGCGAGAGAUUCCAGCAUCACAGCAUCAUUGGAAGCACUUUCGAGUGCCACAUCCGCGGGACGCAGAAAUUAGGGGACUAUGACGCUGUCUUGCCGACAGUCAAAGGAAGUGCUUGGAUCAAUUCGUUCAAGCAGAUGGUGCUGGAUCCCACUGAUCCAUGGCCGAUAGGCUUUCGAGUUGGCGAUCAAUGGCAUAUGGCAGAGUAACAG